AUGCUUCUCUUUGUUCUCUGCGCGUGGCUAGUAGAUGCUGAAAUUCUCGAUUCUAUUACAUCAAAACCAGUAGAGCCUUGGUACCCAAGAGAGUUUGUGUUUGCUCCGGUGGAAGUAAUUUCAACACCGGUUUAUGACAGAAAUAGCGAGCAAGAAGAGCAUAUCCUUUCACUAAAGCGAACAGAUAUGUUCAUAGGACGGAGACGUCGCCGGGCUGUGAAAAAACCUUCUCCGAAUGCAUUGGACGACCAAGCUGCAGCAGCGAUAUUUGGCGAUGAAGGGAAGUGGGACCAUAAGCCCAAACAUCGCGAAAGCCCGCCAGCUCCGCCGGAUCCGGUGCUCUACAACCGCCAAUUCCCCGUUAAACCAUCCGGCAUUCAGCGAGAAAGUCAGCAUGGUUCAAGGGAAUACGAUACGUUCCCCUUGGAAUUGGGCAAGGACCGUCUUCUUCCAAAAUGGCGGAGAAGAUUCAACGAAGAUCUGAAUCUAAGGCGAAAGAUCCCUCAUCUUCCAGCACAACAACUGAUCCUAAAAUUCCUCUCGGAAUAG